AUGGCAGCCUCAAGAAAUGCUGAGAGUUUAGAGCGCAGACAAACUCGGCUUGAUGAUCAACGUUCAAGACAAGCGGCUUCAGGAGACGCCGAGAGUCCAGAACAGACACGGACUCGAAUUGACGAUCAACGUGCAAGACAAGGUGCUUCUCGAGCAGCUGAGAGUCCAGAGCAGAGACAAACUCGGCUUGGCGGCCAACGUGCAAGACAAGCUUCCUCAAGAGACGCCGAGAGUUCGGAACAGAGACAAACUCGGCUUGGUAGUCUCCAUGCAAGACAAGCGGCUUCAGGAGACGCCGAGAGUCCAGAGCAGACACGGAUUCGAAUUGACGAAUUAUCUAGCCCGACAUCGGGUACUUCCGCUAGUUUCCUUAUAAUUACUAGUGCAGUUAGGUGUGGGACGAAUCGAGCGCUCCCAAUGGAUGAUCAUGACGAACAACGAGUACAUCGUUCAUCAUUAAUGAUGGUAUAUAGGGGUAAGCGACGAUUAUUAUUUGAUUUAUCAAUCAUUCCAUGUUCGACGAUAAAUUUGGACGAUAUACUCUUUGUUCGUUACAAUCGUCCAUUUGUUGGACAUUUUGGGGUAGAAUGA